UCACGAGGUGCAGCACGUGGAGGUGGAGCUGGUCGCCGCAUCGCCACCCUCGCCCGGCGCCCCGCCGGGCACCUCCCCACGCAUGGGCAUCAUCCGCCGCACCAUCAAGUACUCGGAGACGGACCUGGACGCCGUGCCCAUGCGCUGCUACCGGGAGACGGACCUGGACGAGGUGAUGCUGGCGGAGGAUGAGGAGGAGGAGGAGGAGGAGAGGAGGGGGGCGAUGACGACUCGGCGUUCGGGAGUGAGCGGAGCGUGCUGGGCACCUCGGGCGGACGGGGCGGACGGGGCCCCGGCGGCAGGAGGAGGGCGAAGGGGGUCGAGGAGGAGCCGCUGGAGGAGGAAGAGGAGGAGGGGGUGGUGA